AUGCUACCGUUAGCUACAGAAAUGGAUUGGAUCCCAUCAAAAUCCGGGAUCAAAUGUUGGUUUCGUAACAGCAGUAAAGUUUACCUACAACUGCAUCAUGCCUUCCUAUCAAAUUUAGGACCAAUUCAGACUAUACUACUCAUAAUCAUCGAUUUAGCCUUUGCUGUUAAAUUUCGUCAACAUUUUCAUCAACAUAGAAACAGGGAGAAUGCAACAGAUAGACAGCGAAAAGACAGUAGAAAGUUCAAUCGUUAUCGACUGUUGUUUAUCUCAGCUGCGUCUUACACCCUACUGGCUACAGUCCAGUGUAUAUCCUUAUCAAUUGCUCGUUUGACUAGUGUUCAUAUCAUCAAAUUUGAAAAAGGCCUUGCUUAUAAUGUCUCAGACAUUUUAUGGUAUUUAAAUAUUCUCAGGGGAGUUUUAGACUUUGUCAUAUAUCAAAAGUGCUUUAGAAUAUUUGACGUUAUUCUUUUGAAGCUGUCUGUUAUUAGUUUCUGGCGUACACUGACCACUAGGUCAAGUAGUCUGUACACUGGAACCGGAAUGACUACAGAGUAAACUGUGGUAACACUAUUGAUUAUAUUUUAAUGUGAUAUGAGUUUAGAGAAGAGCUCGUGUAAUGGUGCUGAAUUUGAUUUGAUAGAUACGCGUUUUUGUUGAUUUCCCUUUAGGUAUCUUUUAUUUGUUUGCGAUUACAUUUCUAGG